AUGUUUGAAAGGAAACAACACACGGAUACAAUGCUGCUUUCGAACAGAUGGAUUAGUCUAUUAGUAACGAGUUUACUGUUUACAGAAAUUAUUGGCCUCAAACUAAAAACCGUACGAAUACCACCGUAUAAGUUUCGUGGUGAAUCCGCAUUACUCGAGUGCCACUACGAACUGAACGGCCAGCGAAAAGGGCAUGGGACACUUAAUGGAGGCAAUCGACGACAUCAUACCUAUCAGAGCGACUAUCUGGGUGAACCCUUCGAAGAGGAGGAAAAGCUCUACUCCAUCAAAUGGUACAAAGACAACGAGGAGUUUUAUCGUUACGUGCCCUCAGCGUCACAACCGAUUAAAAGCUACAAAAUCGAAGGUAUCCGGGUCGAUCCGAACCAUUCGGACGGUACGAAGGUGUUGUUGCGUGGUUUAACACUCAAAUCCUCCGGUAUCUAUCGUUGUGAGAUCUCGGCGGAAGCGCCCAGCUUCGACUCGGUUCAGGGUGAGGGCCGGCUGGAUGUGAUAUAUGUUCCAAAGGAUGGUCCACACAUCAGCGAUGGUGGACGGCAAAGCUUCCAAAAUGGUGAAACGAUGGAGUUGAACUGUACCUCCGGUCGCUCGUAUCCAGCCACCACGCUCCAGUGGCAUCUGAAUGAUUUGCCUGUGACGGACCCGAACAGUAUCGUGCACUAUCCUUCGGUGCAAAAUCAACAUGGGUUGAUUACCACCUUUCUUGGGCUGAGCAUGGUCGUCAACCAUCGGCACUAUAUCGACGGUACGAUACGGAUUAAGUGUGUGGCAAGCUUAUCGCCCGUCUUAUGGCGUGGCGGACAGGAGAGCAUCGUCCAGUGGGAGCAGCCGGCCAUCGACAGUCGUGUUGCCAUGCUGUUAGUGAAAAGUAACGACACGAGCAGAAGCAAAAUCUUAAUAGUGCCCUUUAUAAGCCUUGUGGCUUAUGCCAUUUGUCCAAUACAUGCUCGCAUACAUUGGUGAUAGUAUGUUUUCUGAGAUUAUAUAUUACACACACAC